UUUUAAAAAAAAAGUUUAUAAGACAAAUUCUAAAAAUCUCAUUUUCCAUAUUUCUAACAGAAUCCAUCUCCCCAACCCAGUCAGCCGGACGAACCCGACAACGACGAGGGGGAAACAGAGAGUGAGAGAACCGGCGACGGCGAGGCGGCGACGGGACAGAGAGAGAGAGACCCGUCGAGGCGGCGACGGAGAGGGAGAGACACGGCAUGGCUCCGGCGGGAUCUUCUGGCGCAUAGGCCCAGGAGAAAUUGUAGAGAGAUACUAAGUGAAGCAGAACAUGCCGCGAAUUUGGAAACAAAGAACAGCCGAAGCAAAAGCGCUUGCGGACCCAUGUCCUCCACUAUCGCACGACUUAAAACCUCAACGCGCACCAAACCGAACUUCUCAUCCGAACGUGCUUCGGCCGGCCCAUUAUUACUGCAGAAAAAGAUAAGGAUAAGCAGUGGUUCCAACCAAGUCUAGAGGAAGCCCUCUACUUGAGCUCUGUUAUGAAAUGCAUGAAAUUACUCGUGAGAGAAAAUAAAUCUGCAAAUGACGAGGAAUUAUGGUGUCACUUGAUGCCCAACAACUCUAAUCUCCCGGUUGUGUUCAAAGCGUAUUCUCACCUCCGAAUGAAAAAUUGGUUGGUCAAAUCGGAUUCUCAGUACGGAGUUGACUUUGUUGCUUACCGGCACCAUCCAUCCCUAGUUCACGCUGAGUACGCGGUUAUUGUUUUGUCAGAUAAAGAGGGUGAAAGUAAAAACGAGCGGUUAAUUCUUGGUCGGAUUUACUUUGCACCCUCCGGUUGUGUGGUGGGGUGGUAAAAACUUUGUUGGUCCUACACGUGAGGACGAGAACGAAAGGGAAUAAUGACGGGCUUUCUAUUUCGCGUUUGGAUGAUUAUAAUGUCGAGGAGAGGGUUGUGAGUAGGUGGAAUUCGAAGAAAAGGUCGAACGACGGUGGAGAAGGAAUCGAGCGAAUCGUGAAGGAGGAAAUGAUUUAAUUUAAUUUAUUUACUGUUCC